GUUGCGUAUGAACGUGAGCGCCCGCCUCUUACAGGACAUCUGUUUGUUGUAGUUGUUACCGAUAGAAGGAAGAGGGAAUAAGAUUAUUUUUUGGUUGUCACAUCGUGACCGCGUGAGGAUGAAGUGUAUCACCAUGGCACGUGAAGGGAUUUGACCCAACAUGGAACAAUAAUCGAUCUCACCUCCCCUCAACAAGAUCAACAGUCUUAACGCACAGUGCUGCUCUGGCCUGAGAGACCAUGGGCCGGCUGGAUGAAGCAGCCAAACACAAAGUGAUAGAGCUGCGGAAAGCUGGUCUGAGCUUCCGGAAGAUCAAAGCUGUGCUGGAGCUGGAAAACAUCAAGGUGUCCGCCCAGGCUAUCUACCUGUUCCUGAGGGAGUUCCAAGGGAGGCCGCCAGGGAGGGUCAGGCCUGUGGAGGCUGGAAGCAGCACAACAGCAGCACAGGUGCAAGCUCGAGUAGGGGCGAUACAAGAGGGCUGGAGUAACAUUCAUCUCCAAAACCUACUACGGGAGGCGACUCACCAUGCUGGCUUUGCUGCAGCUGCGGAUUUUGCAAAACAGACUUCCGCAAAUCCAGAGGCUAGUGCAAAGCCACCUGGGUACGGGGAGACCAGCGGAGGCAGCAGGACAGAACAGCCACACGAGGGAGAUAAGGAAGAGAAUGACAUCCAGAUUGUCAGCGUCACCUCCCUUGCACAGAACAGCCAACAAAGAGGUCCCCAGUCCUCUGUAACACGGGCAGAGAUGGGCGCCGUGUCGUCCACACUAACAGCUCCUGGAGCAUCCGUGAGGAGGAGAGUCACACCUUCUCAAGCCACCAACUCAAUGUUGGCAGCUCGAAAGAGACUUUUGGACAAAGCGCUGUCACACAGGAUGAAGUCAUUCCAACAGGUGGCAACAUUGCUCAGGAGAGAUCACUCGAGUGUUGAGGGUUCUAAUUUGAGAAGUGCAAUGCCUCAGCCUCCAGAAACGUAUGAUUUGACCAAUGAAAAGACUGUUAUGGAGGGUCAACCUCAUGGAAGCGGUGCCCCCAAACGUUUUCUGACACAGAGACCGGGUCUGUCUGUCCGAUCCCCUCACCCUCCUCCUCGGGUUGGCAUUCGUCUUCCUCAUCGACCGCCAGCGCUUUUAACGUCCACAGCUCCUGGGGGUGCCAUCAUCCGUCUACAGACCACUGGAGGCCAGGGUGCUGCUCGUAGUGAGCGGAACCUGAGCCCUCAGCAGGACGCCGUAGGGAGAGGUGGUCUGCAGGAUCAGAUUCAGACCCUGGGAUCUGAGGUGCGCAGCUUGGGGCUGGCAGUGAAGAUGCUCGUGGAUCAGCAGUGCCGCCUUGAGAGGGAGCAGGCGCAGCAGACCCACAUUCAGAAGCAGAUCCUUAGCACUCUGCAGAGCUUCGCCUUCAAACUGGGACCCUGUAGCAGUUUUCAACAGCAGCACAACAAAACGCCAUCACCCUCUACUUUGCCAACCGCUUCUGCAGCUACCUCCUUCAGCCAAGACAACUUCAACUUUAGUCCGAGUACGUACACACAGUGCAGCCAGACCCAGCCAAGCUACAACUCUUUAGAGAGUUUAGAAAAUGUAGAGGCCUUCAAACUGCCAGGACUGAGCCCAACGAGCAUGAAUGGGUUUCCACCAUGUAGCAAUGCCGAGAACCUUCCACUCACUCACACACCCUCUCAAACACAACCAUAUGCAGCUGCAUACACACAGCAAACCAGUCAAACACUCUUGCCGCCCUACUCACAAGCCUACAUCUCUACAUACAGCCAGUCACAUUCUCAGAGUUUCAGAAUAUCAGAGAGCAAGUCAUCGGAUUUCCCAAGCAGCUGUUCAGCGAGGACUCUCCAGGACUGCAGUCUGUCCACGCAGCCGGCGGUGAACGCCAACCACCCUGCACAAGAUCUACAGAUCAAUAUCAUCAAAGUGGAGGGACCUUAAAGGACUAUCAGUGUUUUGGGGACUACAAGGGCUUGGAUUUGCUAUUUAAGAGUCACUUUAGUGUAGUCAAUAAAGACACGUGUUUUUACAAUUAACAUAGCUGUAGCAUUUUAUAAUUUAUUUAUUUACAAAGUACAUUUCAAGAUAAUACAAACAGCAAUAGAAUAAAGUGAUAACAAUGCUUUAGUAAAUCUGUGGGCACGAUUUGUCUUUAACAUAGACAAUGAAUGUUGAAACAUGAUUAAUUAUGUGCAGGCACCGUGUCUUUUUUUGUGAAAACGCUUAAGUUUGUAUCAACUUAUUUUGUUUCCCUAGGACUGACAUGAACUGUUAUCUUUCAUACCUCUAUGCUUACUGAUUGGAGAGAGAAAAAAAUAAAGAGCUGGUUGUGAUCUAAA